UUGAAGACAGUAGUACACUAAAUAAAAAGACAGAGAGAAAGUAGAAACAAAACCUUCUGUUUCAAGAAAGCAUCGUUUGGUGUGUGUGUGUGUGUCCGAAAAUGGAAGAUCUUGACAUUGAGUACAAGAAUUACUGGGAAACCACAAUGUUCUUCCAGAAUCAAGAACUUGAAUUUGACAGUUGGCCGUUGGAAGAAGCGUUUUCGGGUUCAGGAGACUCGAGUUCGCCGGACGGAGCAGCAACGUCGCUGGCGUCAUCGAAGAACCUCGUCUCUGAGAGGAACAGAAGGCAAAAGCUUAAUCAGAGAAUCAUGGCUCUCCGAUCUGUCGUUCCCAAAAUAAGCAAGUUGGACAAGGCAUCUGUCAUCAAAGAUUCGAUCGAUUAUAUGCAAGAACUUAUUGAUCAAGAAAAGAAGCUAGCAGCAGAGAUCAGAGAGCUGGAGUCACAAUCAUUAUUGAUAGAAAAUCCUACAAGAGAUUACGAUUGCAUCAAUAAUUUCCCGGAAAAUCAGCAGCAAAAUCUCUCAGACGUUAAUGUCCUGAGAUCCAAGAAGUCCAGACAGAUGGAUUACAAUACUUCUGGAUCAUCAAUUACUAGAGUACAUAAUCAUUCACUCAUCGAAGUACUGGAAAUGAAGGUGACUUGGAUGGGAGAGAAGACAGUAGUGGUAUGCAUAGCAUGUAGCAAGAAGAGAGAGACUUUGUUGCAGCUCUGUAAAGUGUUGGAGUCUUUGGAUCUCAACAUCAUCACCACUAACUUCUCUUCCUUCUCAUCUCGUCUCUCUACCACUCUCUUCUUACAGGCGGAUGAAGAAGAGAGGAGUACAAUAGAGACAAAGAUACAAACAGCAAUCACAGCUUACAAUGAUCCAAAUUGUCUCAUCACCUUAUAAUCUUACUUCCAUGUACUAAAUAAAACCGUUCUUUUAUGCACUAUAUGUGAAGAGUUACUGUUGUUAGAAUGUACUAUUCUAAAAGUUCAUUUGAGCUUCAAAACA